GAUUAAACUGUCAUUGGAUAUUAAAGAUCUGUAUUGUUUGUCAAUCAAAUAAACCAAAUAAAUAUUUCCAAUUUCCAUAAUAAAAUUAAAACUCUCUCAAUAUAAAAUUAAUUAUAAGAAAAUGUUUUUUCUUAUUAAUUUUCAUUAGUAGGCAUUAUUAUAAUUAAUAGGUUAAAUUUGAAUUCGUAGGUAAUCAUACCGCUAAAAUUUAUCUAUAAAUCCGAAAUAAUAAUAUUACAGUUAUCAUUGGUGGUGUUUGCUCUUAUUUUAUUUUAAACAACAUAGAUAUUCAUUAAAAUUAUGCAAGACUCUAGAAAAAGAAAUGUAAAUAAGAAUAUUAGUGAAAAAAAUAGCGUUGGCGAAAAUGUAUCUGAGAGGAAAAAUAAUGACAUAUCAAGUUCGAAGAACAAUAAUUUAUCAUUGCGGGUUAUUUCACGGAGUGUCGUCAUAUUUUCUCUUCUGAUUAUUGUAUAUUUUUCUUCUAAUGACGAUAAAACGAAGCCAUUUGCGAAACAAUCAGAAAUAUUAACAGGAAAAGGCCAAGUUAUAGAAUGCUCCUCUGACUAUUUGAAGGAAUUAGAUAAAUAUGAGGGUUGUUUUCCCAAACAGUGUAAGAGAUUUGUGAGCGAUAAAGUUAUAUCAGAGAGAGAGGCAGAUGAAUUGCUUACAAUAGCAAAGAAAGGCCUUCAGUUAGGAGGUUCAUCUGGGGGUGCUUCUAUACUGGAUCUACAUAGUGGUGCAUUAUCAAUGGGAGAGCAUUUUAUCAAUAUUUAUAAAAUUGCUGCAGCUAAGAACACAUUCUCAGAAAAUGACUUCAAUAUUUACAGAGUAGUAAAAGAGAAAGUAAAAUAUGCUGUGGCACAUCAUUUUGGGGUUAAUCCAAAUAAAAUCUAUCUGACUCAUCCAACAUUUUUUUCUGAAAUAACUUCAAAAAAGUCAGUCACUGUACAUGAUGAAUAUUGGCACCCACAUGUUGAUAAGGAAACAUAUAAAUCAUUCCACUAUACCACAUUGCUUUAUUUGGGAGACUAUAAUAAAGAUUUCAAAGGAGGUAGAUUUGUAUUUGUAGAUGAAAAUGUAAAUAAAACUGUUGAGCCAAGAAAAGCUAGACUGAGCAUGUUCACUAGUGGCAGUGAAAAUCUACAUUAUGUUGAAAAAGUAACAUCAGGUGUCAGAUAUGCUGUAACUAUUUCAUUUACUUGUGACAAACAACAUGCUAUAGAAAAUCCUAGUACUGAUAAAUAUAAAAAUUAACAUUCCAUA